CUGUAGAUGGUGCUGUGUGCUGCAUCGUGCGCGAGGUUUUGCUAUAGAAGAAGAGAAAGCAGACACAUGGAAUAGUCCAAAAUGAUAGUGACGCGUACAAGAAGUUAUUAACAUAAUGCAUUAGAAAGUACAUGAUUUAUUUCUCUUUUUAUUACGAAAUUGGGACGUCUGGGUUUGUUGUAAGAGAUUAUUCGUAGACAUGAAAUAUUUAACAUGGGUUCAAAGAAAGUAGGGGUGUACGGUUUUCAGCGUUAAUUUGGACUAAGCACGUGUGUGGACAUGAGCGUGAUCGUUCGGGUUCAGUGCAGGAGUGCAGCAGUGCGGCGUUUCAGCAGCAACACCGGUGUAUUUCAUUGCAGAAAACUCAGUGAUCAUGUUGAGAAUCUGGAGAAAACCCAGCCGUCACCAGGGGCGACACAAGAGACGCCUUUAGAGGAGAGACAGAGGGUGAGGAAAACCCCGGGGGAAGUGUCUGUGCUGCUGUUCCCCGGGCAGGGCAGUCAGUUUGUGGGCAUGGGCAGAGGACUGCUCAAGUACGGCACCGUGAAGGACAUGUUCACUGUGGCUGAGAAAGUGCUAGGAUAUGACCUUCUGUCCUUGUGUUUAAACGGACCCGAGGAGGAUCUGAUGAAGACUGUGCACUGCCAGCCCGCGGUGUUUGUCAGCUCUUUAGCCGCCGUGGAAAGACUGAAUCACGAAAACCCCGCUGCGAUAGAGAACUGUGUUGCUGCUGCUGGUUUCAGUGUUGGAGAGUUUGCUGCUUUAGUCUUCUCUGGUGCGAUGGACUUCGCUGAAGCUCUUUUUGCAGUAAAAGUUAGAGCAGAAGCUAUGCAGCAAGCUUCUGAUGCAACACCAAGUGGAAUGCUAUCUGUAAUCGGUAGACCUCAAGCCAAUUACAAACACGCCUGCCUUCAAGCUAGAGAGCACUGUCUGUCUCUGGGUAUACAGAAUCCUGUUUGCUCCAUUGCAAACUACCUGUUUCCAGAUGGAAGGGUCAUCGCUGGACACCUUACUGCACUGGACUUCCUCCAGAAAAAAUCAAAGCAGCUGCACUUUGCUCGGACAAAGCUGCUCCCAGUAAGCGGGGCUUUCCACACAGAGCUAAUGGAGUCGGCCGUGCAGCCUCUGAGCGACGUGCUAAAUCAGGUAGAUGUGCGCAGACCUGAGGUUGCUGUCCACUCCAACGUUGAUGGAAAGCGUUACAUGCAAGAGAAACACGUGAAACGGCAGCUGGCCAAGCAACUCGUGUCACCUGUAAAGUGGGAGCAGACGCUGCAUGAGAUAUAUGAGCGGACUCAGGGUCGGGACUUUCCUAACACAUAUGAGGUGGGACCUGGGAGACAACUGGGGGCUACACUGCAGAAGUGCAACAUGAAGGCAUUUAAGAACUACACACACAUUGACGUGGCACUGCCACAGGAUGAUUAAGAGAUGUUCUGAAAAUGCAGCACAGUGAGAUUUUCCAUAUAAACACACUCACUUAUUAGUUAUGAUAUUCAUAAUUAUUCUGCUGGGAUUGUAUGUUACCUUGAUACACUUGAUUUGUUACCUUAUUACACUGUGAUAUUAAAUAUAGUUGUUCUGCA